UGUCUCAUCAGCGGCAUGUGGCUUAUAUCCAGAAGAUACCCCGUUCCCGCAGUCCGCAGCGGUACAGUGUAUAGAAUGAGCAGACCUGUGUUAGAGAUCCACCAGUCUAGAUGCUACUCUUCUGGAGGAAGAAAGGGUUUUAUAUCUGGUUUUGUGGAGAACAUCAAACAGGAAUUAGCGAAAAACAAGGAGAUGAAAGAAAGUAUUAAAAAAUUCCGAGAUGAAGCUAAAAAGCUGGAAGAAUCUGAUGCGCUUCGAGAAGCAAGGAGGAAAUAUAAAACCAUCGAAUCUGAAACAGUGAAGACCUCAGAAGUGAUUAAAAAGAAACUUGAAGAAAUAACUGGUACAGUUAAAGAGAGUUUGGAUGAAGUAAGUAAGAGUGAUAUUGGCCGAAAGAUAAAGGAAGGCGUGGAGGAAGCAGCAAAAACAGCAAAGCAGUCUGCGGAGUCAGUGACAAAAGGAGGGGAGAAAUUAGGCAAGACAGCAGCCUUCAAAGCUAUUUCUCAGGGAGUAGAAACCGUUAAGAAGGAAAUAGAUGAAAGUGUUUUAGGGCAGACUGGUCCUUACAAACGUCCGGAGCGACUACGAAAAAGAACAGAAUUCUCAGGCGAGAGGAUUAAAGAGGAGCGAAUAUUUGAAGCUAAUGAGGAGGCCAUGGGUAUGGUGCUGCACAAAGACUCAAAAUGGUAUCAGCAGUGGAAAGAUUUCAAGGACAACAAUGUGGUCUUCAAUAGGUUCUUUGAAAUGAAAAUGAAGUAUGAUGAAAGUGAUAAUGCAUUCAUUCGAGCUUCCAGAGCUGUCACAGACAAAGUCACUGACUUAAUAGGUGGAUUGUUCUCGAAGACAGAAAUGUCUGAGGUUUUGACAGAGAUACUCAAAGUGGAUCCAUCGUUUGACAAAGAUCGUUUUUUGAAGCAAUGCGAGUAUGAUAUAAUCCCCAAUGUCUUGGAGGCUAUGAUAUCUGGAGAGCUUGAUAUCCUCAAAGAUUGGUGCUAUGAAGCGACUUACAGUCAGCUCGCCCAUCCAAUCCAGCAAGCCAAAGCCAUGGGUCUCCAGUUCCACUCCAGGAUUCUUGACAUUGACAACAUUGAUCUGGCUAUGGGGAAGAUGAUGGAGCAGGGACCAGUAUUAAUCAUCACUUUUCAGGCUCAGGUCGUGAUGGUUAUAAAGAACCAGAAAGGGGAAGUGGUGGAAGGUGAUCCGGACAAGGUGCUGCGGAUGCUGUACGUGUGGGCGCUCUGCAGAGACCAGGAUGAACUCAACCCCUACGCUGCCUGGAGGUUAUUGGACAUUUCCUCAUCGAGCACUGAGCAGGUUCUCUGAGAAGAAUUGCACCCGAGGGCAUCCCGUACCUCUCUUGAAGCAACGCCGCCUCUGAACUCGCGCCAGUCUGCUGUAUGACGGACUCUGGGGGAAAGAGGCUAGACUGGUUCCUUUUCAGAAGAAGGGGCUGUUCGGUGUGCCCUCAUUAUACCAAUCCCUGUUGCGAACUGGACGAGUCUGACACAUCUGCCUUACGCUUUGCUGUGUAGUAUGGCACUGUAAGGAUGUACGGUAGAUUUCAACGUGAAUGGUCUAAGACACUAACAGCUGCUGUUGGCUUCUUUUUUGAUUGUGACUGAAAGAGGCUGGUUUGGGUCCUGUAAGUUUUCCCAGUGCUACCAGUGAUGGACGGAGGUGGGUAUCGGAGAUGUGACAGGUCUGGUUCCCAUCUGCUGUCAUCCUCUGGUGGCCUCAAAGGCAUCCCUGAAAAGAACUUGGAGGUGCUUUUAAGGCAUGUCUUGGUUGGUCUUA